AUGGCGACGCGCUCUCUAGUCAAGUAUAAGCUCGUGUUCUUCUCUCCAUCCGCGUAUACGCAAGGCGUGCUUCACCAGCUAUUCGCGCGAUUUCCUGACACAGUCGGGAAGGAAGGCUUGUACCGCGGGUGCGCCUUUGUUAGUCGAGGGACAGGUCAAUUCGUCCCUCAGGAAGGCGCGUCGCCCGCCAUAGGCGCGGUUGGUCAGGCAGAGACUGUCGAGGAGGACCGCGUCGAGAUCAGCGUGCGCGUCCCGGAGCCCGCCGCGAUGGCAGAGGUUCUGGACACUCUCAAGUCAGCUCACCCUUAUGAGGAGGUCGUGUACGACAUAUACAAGACAGAAGCAUUCUGA